CACUAGCUUUAUUUUUGUCUAUGUUUGUAAACAACUUAACCAACUUAUACAUUAACUUGUUGAACUUAUAAGUGUUGGAUCUUAACUAUGGCUGCUUUAACUGUGGAGAUAAAAUUAGCUUUAUUAGAAGCAUAUGUUGAAAAUGGUGAAUCAUAUGUAGCUGCAAUAACUCAUGUUCAUGAUCUUUUUGGCCAUGAAAAUUGCCCAAGUGAAGAAGUCAUGAUAGGAUUUAUUGACUAUUUUUUAAACGACGAUUUGAGCCUCGAUGGACUUGAUGAUGAGGAAUACGAUUCAGAUAGCUCAAUUGAACAGAUAGUGCGUGAACCUGUUUUAAAUAUCGAUGCUCGAGCGUUACAUGGUUUACAAGAUUACUUUGAAAAAAAUCCUACGGCUAGCCUGCUUCAAGCGGAACUUGAUAUGCAAAUUGAUAAUUGGAUAGAUGUAGCAAAAGAGUAUUUCAAGCUGCUUCAUCGAUAUUUUGUUCGCAUUUUUCAUCCAUCUGUAGAGGAAGAAGCUGUUGCGAGAAAGUUUUUGGCUGAUAAUGUCUUACGAGCUGUCAACUCUCAAGAAAUGGAAAUUGAAAAUGUCAUCUUUGCCGAUAUUAUUCACGUUAAUUUAGAUAGAUAUGUCUAUAAAGGUUACUUUCGCUAUUUUGGAGACGAGCUACCUUAUUUUUCUCGUUCAAGAGUUCGCCAUAAUGUUGAUUUGGUUGUUUAUGCAGCAAUCUCAUUUGAUUUUAUAAAAAUAGCCUUCAUCGAGGAAUCAGAAGAUGGAUCUUCUCUUGUUGAUGUGAUCAAAGAGCAAUUUGGUGGUGAUAAGCUUGGAGAUAAAAAAGAUAAGAUGUGGUACAUUCAAGAUGGCACUGACACUUGUCAGCUAACUUCACCAGAUUUACACUCUGCCUUAGCUGAAGCAUUUGGUCAUCGUGUAAUUGGAAUAAAAAAUUCCAACUUUUAUGGUGGAGGAAUAGAGUAUCCGUCAAAUACAUGCUUUUUAUCUCCUUGUGACUUCUUUUUAUGGGGUUGGUUAACUUCCAGAGUCUAUGAAUAUGAGUCUCACACCGCUGCUGACUUGAAGCUCGCCAUUGAAGAGACUGUAAAGGAGAUAACUCCUGAAGCGCGACAACUAGCUAUACGAACAGCUAUCCGACGAUUAGAGUUUAUGCAACAGACCAAUGGUGAACAUUCGAUCAAUGUUUACAUUUAAUCACUUUUGUACCAGAAAAGAAUUCUUUUCUACUAUUUCUCUACUUUUCUAAUAUUUUCAGUACCAAUAAAAUUUUUGUAUUUUGCGAUUA